AUGACGACUCGAAUCGCUCCUGGAGUAGGAUCUAAUCUUCUCGGCCAACACGCCGCCGAGAGAAACCAAGACGCUACUGUUUACGUCGGAAAUAUCGAUCUACAGAUUUCUGAAGAAUUGCUUUGGGAAUUUUUCACACAAGCCGGUCCCGUUGUUAACGUACAUGUCCCGAAAGAUAGAGUGACAAAUCAUCGUCAAAGAUUUGGAUUCGUUGAGUUUCGCAGUGAGGAAGAUGCUGACUAUGCGAUGAAGGUUCUUAAUAUGAUUAAGCUCGGCGGCGAUAAUAUAACAGUGAAAAAGGCGUCACAAGAUAAGAAGAGCUUGGAUGUUGGUGCUAAUCUUUUCAUUGGAAACCUUGAUCCUGAUGUGGAUGAAAAGAUGUUACAUGAUACUUUCAGUGCAUUUGGUGUGAUUGUUUCUAAUCCUAAGAUAAUGCGAGAUCCUGAAACCGGAAACUCACGAGGUUUCGGUUUCAUCAGCUAUGACUCCUUUGAAGCAUCUGAUGCUGCUAUUGAGGCAAUGACCGGACAGUAUCUCUGUAAUCGUCAGAUAACAGUCUCUUACGCGUACAAGAAAGACACCAAAGGAGAGCGUCAUGGUACUCCAACUGAGAGGCUUUUGGCUGCCGCAAAUCCAAGUUCCCAGAAAAGCAGGCCUCAUACGUUAUUUGCAAAAGGCCCUCCAUCGCAUCCUAACGCUCCUCAAGCUAAUGGUAUUCCACGUCCGUUUGCUAAUGGUGGCAUGCAACCACCUCUCCGUCCAACGCCACCACCACCUCCACAAGCUUAUCCAAUUCAGCCACAAUCUUGGCCGUCUCAGCCACAGCAACAAUUCCGUCCUCCUCAGGGAAUGCAGCCGCCACCACCUCCGCAGUUUUAUCAUCACCAACAAGGUUUCGGUGGUCCACCACCGCAAGCCAUGGGAAUGCACCAACACGCGUGGCCGCCACAACACAUGCAUGAAGGUGGACCACCACAACAACCACCUAUGCAACAUCAUCAUCACAUGUCUAUGCCUCCGCCACCACAACACCAAGGUUGA